AUGUCAAGCCCACCCAACGAUCGGACAGCCUCUGCUGCCCAAUUGACCAGCCUUAUGCCGGAAUCAGUACUACAAUGCCCAAUUUGUGCCAAACCCUGCAAAUCUAAAGCUGGACUGACACUACAUAAGCGUGUGCACCCUCCGGAAACCGUUACCGCCUUGGCUACUCGUUCCGUCCCAGACAAUCCUCCGCCCGAGUCGUCCCAACCACAACCCCAAUUAGUUGGUCCACAUUCAUGUUCUCUUUGCCCGCUCUCCUUCACUACCGCUACUGGUCUGUCCCAACACCACCGGCAUCGACACCCUACUGAAUACAACGCUAGCAAAUUAUCCAGAAUCCGGCCUUCAACCCGUAACUGGACUCCAUCCGAGGACUCAGAACUGAUCACACAAGCCAAUCUACUGUUCCGCCCUGGAUCCCGGAAGAUUGACCUGUACACCCGCCUGCACGAAAUUCUGCCUCUACGGACAAUCGAAAGCAUCAAAAAACGUUUAGCCCAUCUGAACUGGACCCCUGCCUCGCCGAGCCCCCAUGCAUCUGUACCUCCCCUUCCAUGCACCCCUACCCCAUCUGUCCCCUCACUAUCGCCUAUCUCUAACCAAGUGACUCCCCCUAAUGGACAGCCUCCGGAUCCUCCUGCCCCGAACUCUCCCCUUGACCCCCCCUCCCACCCCCAUACAAUCUACCCCGAGUCACGUCCCCUUCUCGAACGUGCUAUUGAAUACCUGAGCGAUUGCACUGACAAUGCUUUUUCCCCUUCCACACUUCUUAACAUUGCCCUAUCCGCAUUAGCCCCUGAUCCCGACAUCCCAUCCCUCCAUAGACUACUAGAUGCACAUGCUGUAGAGAAUUUCCCCCACCUCUGGAAACCAAGCCGGCCGCGCUCCAAUCGGAUCUCCCGACCACCUGAUAUUGGCAGCCGUCGUCCUCGUCAGUCGGCAAAGCGGAUCGAACGCCGCGCGCAGCACGCCCAUAUUCAAACAUUGUUCUCCCACCGGCGGAAAGACGCCGCCGAAGAGGUUUUCUCUGGGAGAUGGCGUACAUCAUACCGUGACGAUGCCUUCUGGUCCGCGGACUACGCUACCUACUGGAGUGAAAAGCUGUUGUCCCUUCAACCCGUCUUGGUUAAUGGAUCCGAAGUUCUAUCCACCGAUGAAGCCGCCGAACGUAUGGCUGAUGCCCUCCAUAACACUGUCGACGGCAAGGUUCUAUCCUGUCACAAACACUCGGGACCGUCAUCGCCUGCAAACUUCGAUGUAAUCUAUUACCUACGAAGACGCGUCGUCUCCGAGGCUCCCGUGCCUCCGACAAUAUCUACUGCCGAGGUGGCUGUAGGAAACCUGAAUCCCUUGCUCACAUCCUCNUCCCGUGCCUCCGACAAUAUCUACUGCCGAGGUGGCUGUAGGAAACCUGAAUCCCUUGCUCACAUCCUCCAAGAAUGUCCGAUCACCCAUGACCACAGAUGUCGCAGGCAUAACAACGUAGCCUGCUACCUUGCGAAGCUUUUUCGUCGCAAUGGGCAAACAACGUUCACGGAACCUAGACUACCAACUGGAUCGACUUAUUGUAAACCAGACCUUCUAGUCGUCCACGGCUCGACAGCUUUCGUGUGCGAUGUUGCCAUCUGUGCACCCCACCUCAUCUCCCACACAUUCCUUCAUAAACAGAAUAAAUACUCCACACCUGAAAUCACCACACAAAUCAAGACCCUACUCAAUUCCCAGAACUGUACUCCCAGCUCCAUCCUGCAUACCCCAAUUAUUAUUACAUACAAUGGUUUCAUACACCGCAAAUCCCACUCUGCACUGAAAAAACUCAAAUUCUCGGAUAUUGACAUACAAGACAUCCUCACCCUUGCCAUGCGCGGUUCCCUUAAAGCAUACUAUGGUUACAUGAGAGGUGCUUAA